AUACCAAAAAAGUUACGAUGUGGUGCGAAAAAAAAGAAUUCAGAUUCGUUACUUUCUUCGUCUUUUUCAAUGGUCUUUUUUGUAAAGAACAAAUGCGCUACUUAUUAGAAACAAAAGAUGGGAUAAUAAUGGAGACAUGAGCAACAUGUUUCGCGGAACUGCUGGAGUAGAUUAUCCAGAUUUAAACACUAUUCCUACUACUAGCUUCCGUUGCAGUGAGCAAGUUUAUGAAGGUGGCUUAUACGCCGAUGUAGAAGCGAGAUGCCAAGUAUAUCACGUAUGUCAUGAUGGAAGGAAAGACAGUUUCCUGUGUGGCAAAGGGACGAUCUUCAACCAACAAAUAUUGGCAUGCGAUUACUGGUAUAGUACUGAGUGUGAAACUGCUCCCAACUUUUAUUAUAUCAACUCUCAAAUCGGAGGUGGAAAUGUACCUGAUGCACCACAGUAUGAAAAUCAGCCAUACUUAACACAAAAUCAGCCAAACUUUGAAAGUUACUCGAGAGACCAGACAAAUUAUCAGCAAGAAGCACGAGAUUCAAACUCCUACAACGGAAACAACGAUCAUAUAAACGAGCCCGGAGAGGCUUAUUACGGCAACCAAAGGCAGCCUGAUGUAGAACCAACUUGGGGCAGAGAAGGAAACUACAUGCAACCAAGAAAUGAAAACCAAAAUUUUAAUAGCCCCAGUGACCAAUCAUCCUGCCAAGGUUGGGGAUACAAUAACAACAAAACACCGUGGUCUUUUCCGUUGAGAAAUAUAAUGAAUGGCUCUGAUAAAUGAAGAAAAACAACGUAUUAUGAGCCUAAUUUACGUAAAAGAACAAGCAAAACAAUAUUCCUUACAUUAAAAUAAAAUCAUUUUGAUUGAAA